AUGUCAAAAUCACAAGAGGUGGAGGCUUUUGGAUGGGCUUGUCGAGACCCAUCUGGUGUUCUCUGUCCCUUCAAGUUUUCAAGAAGAGUUACUGGUGAUCAGGAUGUGAGAUUAAAGGUAUUGUAUUGUGGGAUUUGUCGUUCAGACCUUAUGAUGAAUAAGAAUUAUUGGGGUGUUGCAAUGUAUCCCACUGUUCCAGGGCAUGAGAUUGUGGGUGUAGUGACCGAAGUGGGUAAGAACGUACAAAAGUUCAAAGUUGGAGACAAAGUGGGCGUGGGAUGCUUGGUGGGAUCAUGUCGGAAAUGUGAGAGUUGUAAUAACAACCUUGAAAAUUAUUGUCCCGAACAAAUGCUCACAGACAGUCCCCCCUACGUUGAUGGAAUCAUAAUCCAUGGGGGUUUUUCUGAUCACAUGGUCGCCGACGAGCACUUUGUGCUUCGUUGGCCGGACAACUUGCCUCUAGAUUCCGGCGCUCCUCUCCUUGGUGCAGGAAUCACAAUGUACAGUCCAUUGAGGUAUUUUGGACUCGACAAGCCUGGUAUGCACAUUGGGGUGGUGGGUCUCGGAGGACAUGGCCAUUUAGCUGUAAAAUUUGUAAAGGCACUUGGUGGUAAAGUGACAGUGAUUAGUACAUCCCCUGAAAAGAAAGAGAGAGCUAUCAAAAACCUUGGUGUUGACUCAUUUUUGGUCAGUACCGACCCCGAUCAGAUGCAGAUUGCAAUGGGCACACUAGAUGGUAUCAUUGAUACUGUCCCUGCAGUUCAUCCUCUUCAACCUUUAAUUGAUCUAUUGAAAACCCAUGGAAAGCUUGUUAUGAGCGGUGGACCAUUGGAGCCUCUAGAUCUGCCGAUGUGUUCUUUGAUUCUCGGUCGAAAAAUAGUGGCUGGGACUGACAUUGGAGGGUUGAAAGAAACGCAAGAGAUGCUUGAUUUUGCAGCAAAACACAAUAUUACAGCAGAUGUGGAGGUUAUUCCUAUAGACUACGUGAACACAGCAAUGGAACGUCUCGAGAAAAACGAUGUUAAAUACCGAUUUGUUCUGGAUAUUGCAAGCACAUUGAAGGCUGCUUAA